AUGUCCUUCCUCGCCCGCAACGUUCUGCGCUCGACGCUGCGCGCAACCCGCGCAACCAAAUCUCGUGCCUACUCUGCUGCCCAGGGAUCUGGUAGCUUCGCUGCUGAGCAGGCUGCUAUUGAACACCAUGCAGCAGGCACCACCGACCUUUGGCGUAAAAUAAGCUUCUACGGGUGCUUCCCCGCAGUGGCUGUCUGCGUAGCCUGGGUCUACAACGCUGAGGCUGAACAUGCCGCCCACGAAGAGCAUCGCAAGGCCGAGAACGGCGGGCACCUUCCCGAAGUCCCUGCCUUCGAGUACAUGAACAGGAGAGUCAAGCCCUUCCCCUGGGGAAUGAACACCCUUUUCUACAAUCCUCAUACCAACAAAGAUAUGGAAGCUGAAGCUUAG